AUGGCCGCGAGAACCAUUAUCAUCGACCACGGGUCUGGCUUUCUGAAGGCUGGCUUGUCUGGGUGGAACGAGCCCCAGAUGGUCUUCCCGAGCAUCGUGAACUACAUCCCGUGCAGGGAGAACCCCGGCCCCAGCUAUGCCCGAAGGCGCGUGAGUCUGGGCAUCGACAUUUGCCACCCUGAUACCUUCAGCUACCCCAUCCAGCGUGGCCGCGUCCUCAACUGGGAAGGCGUGGAGCACAUCUGGUCAUUUGUCCUGGAGAAACACAGGCGGGAGCAUGAGGACUCCCCCGUGAUGGUCACAGAGUGCCCUCUGAGGGAGCCCGCGGACCGACAGAAGACCCUGGAGAUUAUGUUUGAGUUACUGGAUGUGCCGUCCGUACUCCUGGCCGACCAGCUGGAGAUGUCCCUGUACGCCUCGGGCCUCCUGACCGGCGUGGUGGUCGAUUCCGGCUACGGCCUGACCCGCGUGCAGCCCUUCCAUCUGGGCCGCCCCUUACAGCCCGGCGGCAAGACGCUGGAGUUCGCGGGCCAGGAUCUGGCGGCCUAUCUCUUCAAGAGCCUCUUUAAGGAGGAUUGCAAUCGCCACAACCUGUUUCAGCUGGAAACGGUGGCCACCACGCAGAUGAGCAAGUGCUAUGUGCCGCAGAACCUGGGGGAGGCGCUCGACUUCCGCCAGAGCCUGCCGAGCGGCUCGGACGACAGCAACGUCUACCAGCUCCCCGACGGCACCCGCGUGGAGCUGACCCCCAUGCAGCGGCUGGCCCCCGAGAUGUUCUUCAGCCCCCAGGUGUUCGACCUGCAAGGGCCCGGCAUCUCCCAGGCCGUGGUGGAUGCCAUCCUGGCCUGCGAGGCCUCCAUGCACCCGCUGCUCACCUCCCACGUGAUGGCCUGCGGGGGCAACACCCUGUACCCCGGCUUCACCAAGCGCCUGUACAAGGAGCUGAUGGCAGAUCAUUUCUCCUCCUCCAAGGCCACCAUGUGGGUGGGUUCCAAAAGAAACUUCAGCGUCUGGCUGGGAGCGUCCGUGGUGGCCCAUCUGUCUACCUACAGGUCCGAGUGGAUGACCAAGGAGGAGUAUGAGGAGAGUCUCAGGCUGUGA